UGAUAUGUCCUACUUUUCAGGACCGUCACAUGAUUUGCACGCAGUCUUCUAGCUCUAUGAUGGAGGGUGUAAAGGUGGUUGUUGUUGCCUUUUUUCUCGCGUUCCUCGGCCUAUGUUCCUCCAAACCGGAAGGAUACGUUUUUCUAGAACACAGGCAUAAUGUCGAAGCUUGGCGAGAGGACGGCUGGGAGAAGCAUGAUCGACUUUCACCUUCGGAAGAUGUUUUCCUUACCUUCGCCCUGAAGCAGAGCAACUUGGAAUCACUUGAACGUUACUUCUGGGAGGUUUCCGAUCCACGAUCUUCCGAAUACGGCAAUCACUUUUCCUUAUCCAACCUAACAAGGCUUAUAGCACCAUCUCAAGCGACUCUUGCAGCCGUCAAGGCGUGGCUGGGAAGACAUGGAGUCCGCCCGAGCGACUGUAUGACAGUGCUCACGAAAGAUUUCAUGACCUGCCAAAUGUCUUGUGAAGCUGCAGAAGCAAUACUUGUUGGAGCGAAGUUUUACCGUUUCAAACACUCCAAACUAUCGAGGCCUGUUAUCCGCUCGGUGGAACAUUAUUCUGUACCAGCAAGUGUCGCUUCUCAUUUAGACUUUGUAGGCGGGGUGCUACAUUUCCCUGCGGUCAAUGGUCCAUCUUUCUCUAGGCUUUCUGAGGAGGAGAUUGUUGACAGUAUGGAAUCUUCCAAACCACAAGACAAGGACCAGAUACACAUCGGUGUGUUCCCAAGUGUUUUACGAGAGCGCUACAAUGUCUCUGAUACUGUUGGCACUCAUCCAAACAACAGCCAGUCUGUGGCUCAAUUUCUGGAACAGUACUUCAACCCUGGGGAUUUAACAGAGUUCUUUACUCUCUUCGGCAGUUCCUUCAAACAUCUGGAAAAAAUGACGGAAGUGAUUGGCCCAGACAGUGGACGUUCUGGCAUUGAAGCGAGCCUUGACACGCAGUACAUAAUGAGUAUUGGCGCUAUGGUACCAACUUGGUUCUGGAGCACUGGCGGACGCCAUGAAUCACAAGAACCCUUUUUAGAGUGGCUUGUAGAUGUGAGCAAUCAUCCAAAAGUGCCCUGGGUACAUAGCGUCAGCUACAGUGACAAUGAAGAUACACUUGAUGUAGAUUACAUGAACAGAAUCAAUGUGGAAUUCCAAAAGGCUGGUGUUCGAGGCCUCACUUUUCUUUUUGCAAGCGGCGACAAUGGGGCUGGUUGCAAAAAGAAGAAAUUCCGUCCUAUGUAUCCUUCAUCGUCUCCCUAUGUUACCACAGUUGGCGGCACUGCAUUUAAUGAUCCAUUCACUGUGUCUGGUGAAUACGCCUAUGAAAUUAGUGGUGGAGGGUUCAGCAAUGUAUUUCCCCGCCCAUCCUAUCAAACAGAUGUAGUUGAAAAUUAUCUGAAAACAGGUCCCCACAUUCCCCCGACUUCAUACUUUAAUCCAAAUGGCCGUGGAUUCCCUGACAUUGCAGCGCUGUGUAAUCACUUCUGGAUUGUCAAUAACCUAGUUCCUGUGCCAGGUGUGAUGGGAACUUCAGCCUCCACCCCGACUGUUGCUGGUAUCAUUUCCUUGAUAAAUGAUGCACGUUUGAACAACAACAAGUCCCCCUUGGGUUUCUUGAAUCCGUUCUUGUAUCAGAAUGCGGCAGGAAUGUAUGAUGUCACAACUGGGCACAAUGAAGGCUGUCUGAGUGAGGAUACUGGGUUUUAUGCCGCAACUGGCUGGGAUCCAGUCACUGGUUCUGGUAGUCCAAACUUUCCGGCAUUAGUGAAAGCUGCUAUUAGUAACCAGUGAGGUUUGAAAGAAAGUUCCAUGAAGUUUUUAUAGGUCCACUUUGUAUUACCUGGAAGCAUACAAAGCUUGCAAGGAAUUACAAUAAAAGUUAAUUAAGAGAAUUUUUAUUCAAAUGUUCAAUUAUAUCAUGUCUUAAAAUGAGGAUUGAAAAUAUCCAAUUUGAUACCUUGUAGCCGGUGUGGGAAAAUUAGUAAAUACAUUGUUUGUACUAAGAUUGCUAAUAAAAAGAAAUUGCAAUUUCA